GAAGAGAAAAACCCGAACACAGAGUUCUUUCUGAAGAAUAUAGUCACGACAACGGUCAACGUAUUUUUUGCUGGGACCGAAACUGUCAGCACCACUUUGCGUUACGGCUUCCUGAUUCUGCUCAAAUACCCAGAGAUCGAAGAGAAGGUCCAUCAGGAGAUAGACCAGGUGAUCGGCAGGAACCGUGGCCCUAAGAUGGACGACCGCCCACAAAUGCCCUACACCGAGGCCGUGAUCCAUGAGAUCCAGAGGUUCGCUGACAUGAUCCCCAUGGGGCUCGCACGGCGUGUGAUCCGUGACACCCAGUUCCGAGGAUACACAAUCCCCAAG